AUGGACUGGCCCCAUUCUUGCUUUUCCCUUUGCUGGAUUUUGUGGGCAGCCUCACGAUUGAGAGGUGAGAGGACAGCAGAAGGGAAAUAUGCUCAAAAGCUAUUUAAUGACCUUUUUGAAGAUUACUCCAAUGCCCUGAGACCAGUGGAAGAUACGGACAAAGUACUGAAUGUCACUCUGCAGAUUACACUCUCACAAAUUAAAGAUAUGGAUGAGAGAAACCAAAUUUUGACAGCCUAUCUGUGGAUUCGCCAGAUCUGGUACGAUGCAUAUCUCAAGUGGGAUAGAGACCAGUAUGAUGGAUUAGACACCAUCAGGAUCCCCAGUGACUUAGUAUGGCGGCCUGAUAUUGUUCUUUAUAACAAAGCUGAUGAUGAAUCUUCAGAGCCAGUGAAUACAAAUGUGGUCCUCAGAUAUGAUGGGCUUAUUACUUGGGAUUCCCCAGCUAUCACCAAGAGUUCCUGUGUAGUUGACGUAUCUUAUUUCCCUUUUGAUGAUCAGCAGUGCAACCUGACCUUUGGUUCUUGGACCUAUAAUGGUAAUCAAGUGGAUAUAUUUAACGCAUUGGAUAGUGGCGAUCUCUCUGAUUUCAUCGAAGAUGUGGAGUGGGAAAUCCAUGGAAUGCCUGCAGUGAAGAAUGUGAUCACUUACGGAUGCUGCUCUGAGCCAUACCCGGACAUAACCUUCACCCUUAUUCUAAAGAGGAAGUCGUCUUUCUAUAUCGUUAACUUGUUGAUCCCAUGUGUGCUAAUAUCUUUUUUGGCCCCCCUGAGUUUUUAUCUCCCAGCAGCUUCUGGGGAAAAAGUGUCUCUGGGAGUCACUGUGCUCUUGGCCAUGACUGUAUUUCAAUUAAUGGUUGCAGAGAUUAUGCCUCCUUCUGAGAAUGUCCCUCUGAUAGGCAAAUACUAUAUAGCAACAAUGGCCCUGAUAACGGCAUCCACUGCGCUGACCAUCAUGGUGAUGAACAUCCACUUCUGUGGUGCUGAAGCCAAACCAGUGCCUCAGUGGGCAAGGAUAGUCAUCCUGAAGUACAUGUCCAAGAUCUUAUUUGUUUACGACGUCGGGGAAAGCUGCACCAGUCCGCGCCAUAGCAAAGAACGAGACCCUUACCAGAAGGACUAUGCAGAGACGCAUCGGAAAGGACUCAAGAACAGAGACAAUAACAUUGUCCACAAGAAGGAAAUCAAUGGACUUUUAAAUAAUGACUUGGGAACUCAGGGCGAGAAUCCCAAAGAGGCAGACAGUUAUUGCGCCCGGUACGUAACCUUGACCAAGAAUAUCGAGUACAUCGCCAAGUGCCUCAAAGAUCACCGCACCAAUAACGCAAAAGGAAUUGAAUGGAAGAAGGUGGCAAAAGUGAUCGACAGAUUCUUCAUGUGGAUUUUUUUCAUCAUGGUGUUCGCUAUGAGUAUUUUGAUUAUAGCUAAAGCGUAAUCUGGAAGGUAGAAAGAAUGCUGGAUCUGGGAGUCAAAGAUAGGAUUCUGAAUCUUGACUCUGCUACUUACUAGCCACAUGUGGGAAAAAUGAUU